AUGGAGCUGGUCUCUCUUCCUGCCCUUCGCGUGUAUUGGUCCUCCAAGGACCGCCUCUCCAAGCAGUCCAUCCGUGAGGUCGAUUGGAUAUCUCUUGCACGCGCCAUGAAGGCCCUCCCAGCCAAUCUCCAACGCUGGACACCCAAGCAUAUCUUCGGUAUGACAGGGGUGGGAAAAUUCUUGGCCAUUUGGAACCGUUCGACGAAGAGCUCUUGCCCCAGAUGCUCCUCCUGCCCGGUGGAAGACCACCUCCAUGUCCCACGCUGUUCUGCUCCUACUGCAGCUGCAGAAUGGUCAAAACGCCAUCUGGCCUUCCGGACCUGGAUGCAGACUCAGCAGACCGCCCCAGAGAUCGAAGCCUUUGAAUACCUGAAGACGGUCCGCCAACCUUCCUUGGGAGUCCCCAACGUCCGAGCCUGUGAAGAUGACACUGAUUUUCUGUUUGAAGACAUGGACAGUGAACUGGACUUUGAAGAGAUGUUGAGUGGAGAUGAUUUAUUCACCAAGAUUGCAGCUAUGGCUGACAGGAAGCAAGUUGAUCUUGAAGAUCUCCCGACGGCGGAACGAACCUUGCAAGCAACCACACAAAAUGAUCGAAUGCUACGAUACAAGAGGAUUAAUCAAUACUUCUUCAUGGACACAUUCCUUGCUGCUAAGAAUGGUGGUCGAUCUACCCGGAGCGGUACGAACUCCACACCUGCUCCUACCACUGGUGCUGCCAAUCAACCUGUCAGCCCUGCAACUCCAACCGUUGGCAAUACUGCCGGUACGCCUGCCAAUGCUACCGUGCCCCCUGGUUUACUCUUGCAAGCCUUGAAACGGGGAAAAGUGGCCAAAAUCUGCCCAUUUGAUGCCUCUGCCUUUUUGGGCCUGUUGGACAACGAUGACAGCGACGCUGAUGACGAGGAGGAUAACAUCAAGAUUCACGGUCAGAAAGCAAACUGGGAUAUCUAUUAUUUCAGAAGUCAUUUUGUCCAAAAAGAACAAGCAAAAAUGGUCCAAUCUUGCCCAUUCUUUGCACCCUUUUUGGGCAUUCCUGAUGAUUCUGACGGUGCCAUCAAAUCAGUUUCCGAUGAUGAGGAAGACAAGGCCAUCCGAAAGGUCUCUAGCGCCCGAGCACCAUCUCCAAUGGACCUCCAAGGUGCUGUUGAGGAUAAACCUUUCCAGCAUUAUGCUGACAAAUUUUAA